CACUGCAAGGGACACUGGGCAGUCAUUGGCCAGGGCAGGCAACUUGGGCUCUCCAGCUGUUCAUUCAUUCAUUCAUUCAUUCGAUUUCUAUACCGCCCUCCCAAAAAUGGCUCAGGGCAGUUUACACAGAGAAAUAAUAAAUAAGGUAAGAUGGAUCCCUGUCCCUGAAGGGCUCACAGCCUAGAAAGAAACAUGAGGGACACCAGCAACAGUCACUGGAGGGAUGCUGUGCUGGGGGUGGAGAGGGCCAGUUACUCUCCCCCUGCUCAAUAAAGAGAAUCUCCAUGUUGAAAGGUGCCUCUUUGCCCAGUGAGCUGGGGUUGUUGAACUACAGUUCCCAUCACCCCUAGCUGGAGAGCAAAGCUUGCCUAGUCCCUGGGUUUCUCAGUCGCUGGCACUCCAGAUGUUGCUGAGCUACAACACCCAUCACCCCCUGCUAUGAGCUAUUUACGUCUGGCAUAAUGCUAACCAGUUGAGUAACCCUGAACGAGAGGAGAGUCCAUCUUGUGGUAGUAAUCAUGAACUGUCCCCUUUGCUAAGCAGGGUCCACCCUGCUUUGCAUUUGAAUGGGAGACUAUAUGUAUGAGCACUGCAAGACAUUCCUCUCAUGGGAUGGGGCCAUAGCUCAGUGGGAGAGGACCUGCAAGCUUGCCUGCAGAAGGCCCCAAGUUCCCUGCCUGGCAGCAGCAGCAGCAUCUCCAAGAUCGGGCUGAGAGAGACUCCUGCCUGCAACCUGGGAGAAGCCGCUGCCAGUCUGUGAAGACAAGACUGAGCUAGAUGGACCAAGGGCCUGACUCAGUACAUGGCAGCUUCCCAUGCAAGACCUCCAGCUGCCGCCGCCGCCCCCACCCCAAACGCUUUUAAGCAGAACCAUUCGACCAAGGUAGAACCGCCUCUCCCCCCUCCCCGCCAGAGGCCACCAGCCAGCUGCUCCUCUGUCGGGAUGCCAACGGCAGGGCCGGGCCGGGCCGCCGCCUCCUGCGCCAGAGCUGGGGGCCUCCUGCUUGCUUCCGAGCCUCUCCUCUUCUGGGUUUCUGAUAUGAGCGCGAGGAGAACCCAGCGGAACCAGCCCAAGGGAGGGGCGUGGAGCCGAGCACUCCGUGGCUCAGCCGGGUGAACUGCUCUUGGACAUGGAGGUUCCAUUCCGGCCGCCCAGGAACCGCUUCCGCCCAGUGACGGGAAAAGACAAAGAACCUGGAAGCCGCCACGGCCGGAGAGGCGGGGCCUCGUGAGCCGCAUCCAAUCGGGGGACAAUACGCAAUGCCGCUCAGCCAAUGGGGAAGCAAAGAGGACGAGUUCUACGGCAGGGGCGAAGGCAGUUUGUUUACCCCUCGAGACCCCGCCUAAGCUCAAUUGGAUAGUCGCUGCGGGGCCGUUCGCAGCCAAUGGGGAGAGCAGAAAGGCGGGGCGCUAGGACACCCGCAGCCAAUGAGACAUGGAGGGAGAGUACUAACCAAUAGGCGCUCGAGAAGGGCGGGACUGUCAAGGCCCCCGACAAAUUGAAGUCGGGCCACUGCUAAGGCCCUUGGCUAAUGGCAUCGCGGAGUGGGCGGGCUAGCCGAGGAGCCCGGAAGUCCGCACUGGAGCCGGUUGGCCGGCCGGAGCGGGGCUGGCGAUGGCGGCCGGAGCGGGCGGCGGCGCGGAGCUCGUGCAGCUGAACGUGGGCGGCAGGAGGUUCAGCACCUCCCGCCAGACCCUCACCUGGGUCCCGGAUUCCUUUUUUUCCAGCCUCCUCAGUGGCCGGAUCUCCACGCUGAAGGAUGAAAGAGGCGCUAUCUUCAUUGACCGAGACCCGGAGGUCUUUGCCUCCAUCCUUAACUUUCUCCGGACCAAGGAGCUUGACAUCAGGAGAACCAACGUCUCGCUGCUGCUGCAUGAAGCACAGUUUUACGGGAUCACACCGCUAGUUCGCCGCCUGCAGUUGCGUGAAGAGCUCGAACAGUCAUCUUGCGGGAGUGUUCUCUUCAAUGGCUACCUGCCAGCACCAGUCUUUCCUGCCAAGCGGCGGAACCGCCACAGUGUUGCUGGGGCGCAGCUGGCCGACCGGGCAGGGAGCCUCGUGGAGCGGGCCCUGGUGCGCCGGAGCAACACCCUGCCCCCCAACCUUGGCAACGCUGGGCUUCUGGGGCGGCUGCUGGAGGAGAGGGGCCCAGUGGCAGGAGGUGCACAUGACCCGGGCCUGGUGCGCCUUGUGUGUGGGCAUCAUAACUGGAUCGCUGUGGCAUACGCGCAGUUCCUGGUCUGCUACAGGAUGAAGGAGACCUCGGGCUGGCAGCUGGCCUUCUGUAGUCCCCGGCUGGACUGGGUCAUUGAGCGGGUGGCCCUGAAUGCCCGGGUGCUCGGCGGCUCGCUGGGGGACAAUGACAAGAUGGUGGCAGCCGCGUCCUGCAGCGAGAUUCUCCUGUGGGCCCUCCAGCCGGACGGCACCGGCGUUGAGAUUGGCGUCUUCUACUUGGGGGUUCCCGUGGAGGGCCUCUUCUUUGUGGGCAACCAGCUCAUUGCCACCAGCCACACAGGCAAGAUCGGCGUCUGGAAUGCAGUCACCAAGCAUUGGCAGACUCAGGACGUGGCCCCCAUCAGCAGCUACGAUGCCGCCGGGUCCUUCUUGCUCCUGGGAUGCAGCAACGGCUCCAUCUACUACGUGGAUGUGCAGAAGUUUCCGCUGCGCAUGAAGGACAACGACCUGCUGGUGACGGAGCUGUACCGCGACCCUUCUGAGGACGCCAUCACUGCGCUCAGCGUCUACCUCACGCCCAAGAGCAGCAGCUGCGGCAACUGGAUCGAGAUUGCCUACGGCACCAGCUCAGGGAUGGUGAGGGUGAUUGUCCAGCACCCGGAGACGGUGGGCUCUGGCCCCCAGCUCUUCCAGACCUUUGCUGUCCACCGCAGCCCUGUCACCAAAGUCAUGCUCUCGGAGAAGCACCUCAUCUCAGUCUGCGCUGACAACAACCACGUCCGUACGUGGACCGUGACACGGUUCCGCGGGAUGAUCUCCACGCAGCCCGGCUCCACCCCGCUCGCCUCUUUCAAAAUCUUGGCCCUGGAGUCCAUGGACGGGCUGGGAGGCUGCAGCGCCGGCACAGACAUUGGCCCCUUUGGUGAGCGGGAUGACCAGCAGGUCUUCCUCCAGAAGGUGGUGCCAGAUGCCAGCAAGCUGUAUGUGCGCCUCUCCUCCACGGGCAAGAGGGUCUGCGAAGUCUGCUCCGUGGACGGCACCCCCAUCACCGCCUUCACGGUGCAGGAGUGCGAAGGGUCCAGCCGCAUCGGCUCCCGCCCCCGCCGCUACCUCUUCACCGGCCACAGCAACGGCAGCCUCCAGAUGUGGGACCUCACCACGGCCAUGGAGACAGCCGGCCAAGUGGCAGAUGCCGGCGGCCUCUCGGAGGAGGAGCUGCUUCAGCAGCUGGAGCAGUGUGACCUGGCCCUCACCCACUCCCUGGAGUCCAGCCCAGCGGGGUCCGUCACCCCCACCUGCGCCUCCAGCACUGCCAGCAGCAGCAGCCUCCAGGUCCAAGACCCCGACGGACUCCCGGAGAAGCCCGCUGAGGACUCCCUGCCCUGCCGCUUGAGUGGCCAGAACCUGCCCUGCUCUGCCCUCCCAGAGCCCCACGUGCCGCGAGGGGAGCUUGACAGGCGCCGUGCAGGGGGUAGCUUUGUGGAAAGGUGCCAGGAGCUUGCCCAGUCCGAGGGCCGCUGGGCCAGCCGCUCCAGGGAGCUGGGGGCCCGGACCAGGCGUGGUGGCCACACGGCCGGCAGCGUAGCCCAAAGACCCCCCAACCCCGGCCCUGCCGCCCCAGAGCCUGCCCUCCCGCUGACCCCAUCCAGGGUGCGUCUCAGCGAAACCUCCUUCUGACCCAGCCCUGCCGGGCUGGACUGGGGGUUCUUGAUCUAGGAGCAGAUCUCUCUUGCCCCCCCCCCACCGCUGCUGCUGCUGCUGCUGCUGCUGUCCUCUGGGCAGCAGCCACCGGGGCCCCACCCCGCCUGGUGGUGCUUGUGUCCUGUGCCACCCCCAGAGUGUUUUGCCUUGUGGACACGGAGCUCACCUGGGCAGAAGGCUUGCUCCCGAGCUCCCCCUCCCCUCCCCUCCAAGCAUCUCAGGGUUGGAGCCCCCAGGGGGCUGGGCGCUUUUGCACAAAGGUGGAUUGUCCUGGAGAAGAGGCCCCCUCCCUCUGGGAAACCAAAGCCGGGCGUGAGCAGUUGGGGCGUGGGCCUCUGCCGCACUCGGCCUCUCUUUGUAUCGGUUGUCGACGAGCAAUAAAUACAUGUGGACAGAC